AUGGGCCCUUCAAAUCCAGUCAUAUCAUCCAAAAAUUGUCUACACUCCAGGGAAUCCAAAGUUAUAGCAGACCUUCUUUCUAGACCAUCUUAUGCAAACAAUGACUUUGUUUGUGAUUUAAAUGCUGUUUCUAUAGAUUUACCAUCCCGCAAAUCUAAAGACAUUCGUGAGGAACAAAUGAAAGAUGAAGAUGUAAGGAAAAUUAUAGACUGUUUUGAGAGUUGCAAAAAAGAUGAAAAUUAUGUAAAUUGGACUAGUAGAGGAUAUCUCGUGAAUCAAGGAGUUUUGUAUCAUUACUCUUCCGACACAGACUCUGAAGAGGCUCAGUUAGUUGUCCCUUGUCAAGAGCAACGAGUCCUACAGCAGUAUCACGAUCCCCCCACUGCAGGACAUUGUGUAGCUGAAGGUACGUACCAUAAGAUUGCCUUCAGGUAUUACUUUCCUGGUAUGAGAAAGUAUAUCUCAGAAUACGUGAAAAAUUGUGCUGAGUGCAAUCGGUAUAAACCAAAUAACCAGAAACCUGCUGGAUUGCUUCGAACACCUGUAUAUGCACAAUGGUUUGAAACACUUGCUAUAGACCUUUUUGGCCCACUUCCAGGAACCCCAACUAGGGAAAAAUUAAUUUUUCUUAUUGAUUAUUAUUAUAUUUCUUAUUACGAAAUGGAUAGAGCUCUUCGCCUUAGAAGAAGCCACUGCGAAAAUUGUGCAAAAAUUUUAAUUGAAGAAGUUUUUUUUUUUACGUUAUGGUUUACCCAUAUGAGUUAUAGAGAUGAUAAUGCAGGGCCUUCACGCACGAAAAAAGGAAAGUUCAAUAUAAAAAAGGCUUUUACGGAUAAUGAAAUAGCAAAUUUGUUGGCUGAGCUAUCGGAUGAGUACCAGAGCGAUUUUAGUUAUGACAGUGACGAAGAAUUCGUUCCUCCGACUGGUAACAAUCCUAUAGAUUUCUUUCGUCAUUUUUUCACUGAUGGUGUCUUGGAAGAAAUAGAUGCUGAAACUAAUGAUUAUGCUCAGAAAGUUCAAGAAUUUCAUCAACUUGAAAGUAAUUUGCAAAUUAAACAGUUUUUGGCUGAUACAAGAAAGUUUUUGCAUCAGAUGUUACGUACUAUAAAUAUUAAAGAAGAAGUACUGAUAACUUUGGAAAUGGUUGCAGAUUUAUCUUAUGCAUGGGAGAUAAUAGACAGCUAUACUGUAUAUAUGCAGCAAGGAAUUAAAAGAAACCCUACACUAGCAAUAAAAUUAAGAGCGACAUUUCUAAAGCUUGCAUCGGCUCUUGAUCUUCCUUUGCUUCGUAUCAACCAGGCAAGUAGUCCAGAUCUGCUUUCAGUAUCACAGUAUUAUUCUGGGGAACUUGUAUCGUAUGUUCGAAAAGUAUUGCACAUAAUUCCAGAGACCAUGUUUGGGCUUAUGGCUCAGAUAAUAUAUCUGCAGACAAAUGUUUUAAAGGAAGUUCCUACAAGACUUAUGAAAGACCAGUUGAAAGCAUAUGCUCAACUUGAUGAAAGAUACAAGGUUGCAAAAUAUACACAUGCUAUAUCUGUAUUUACUGAGGGAAUUCUCAUGAUGAAACGCACAUUAGUUGGAAUCAUUCAGAUUGAUCCAAAGCAACUUUUGGAAGAUGGAAUACGCAAAGAAUUAGUUCAGAAAGUUGCUGUUGCUCUUCAUGAAGGUUUGGUGUUCAAUCCUAAAGUAAAGUCUAGUGAACUUGUUCCAAAGUUAGAAGCUAUUGGUCAGAAAAUGGAUGGCUUUCGGCGAUCUUUUGAGUACAUUCAAGAUUAUGUCAGUAUUUAUGGUUUGAAAAUUUGGCAAGAAGAAAUGUCCCGUAUUAUUAAUUACAACGUGGAACAAGAAUGCAAUGCUUUUCUUAGGCAUAAGGUCCAAGAUUGGCAAAGCAUUUAUCAGUCUCGCACAAUUCCUAUACCUUGUUUUGCUCCUUUAGAUAAUUUGUCUGUGAAUUUUAUUGGCCGUUUAGCAAGAGAAGUUUUAAGAAUCACUGAUCCUAGAAUUACUGUGUAUAUUGACCAGACAACAACAUGGUAUGAUUUUAAGACUCAUAAUGAAGUGGUUAGUUUGAAGUUGUUUUCAUUAAUUCAGGUAAGUAAUGUUGAAUUAUGUAGUGCUGUUUAA